GCACCAAUACCAUAAUAGGUGACUUAUCUUUUAAGAUAAAACUGUAAGUCGGGUCGGGUCGGGUCGGAGCCCUAAUCUCAUCCGGGUCGGGUCGGAGCCCUAAUCGCAACGAAUAUCUCAUUCUCCUGCAAUCAGUCAUCUGUAAGAGGGAAAAUCGGAGAGGUCGACAUGGAGAAAGAGAAAUCGAAAGAGAAAUCAAGGAGGGAUUACGGAGACAAAUACCACCAUAGCAGCUCGAAGGAUAAGAAGCACUAUGAAGAUGACCAUGACCAUCGGCAUCGUAGUUCCAAACAUAGAUCCGAAAGAGAGGGAAGCCGAGACAGAGGUCGUGAUUAUCACGAUAGGAAGAGGAAAGAGCGGUCAGUAAGUGUGGAGGAUAGAAGUAGUAAUGGGGAUGAGAAGAAGAGACCUAGGGUUUCUGAUGAUGGAGAUCGGAGGAGGGAUAAGGAGGAUGAGGGGAGUAGAAGAGAGAGGAGAAGGAGGUUUGAGGAUAAAGCAGCAGCUAAGGAAGGUGACCCAACUGCUGAUGAUGCUCCUUUUGGUUCCAUUGCUAAGGGUGUGACAAUGGAAUCAUACAAUGUGACACCAAGGACUUUGUCUGAUAACAGCUUGGGUCAUGGUGAUUCUCCAGUUACCAAGGUAUCUUUGCUUUCUACUGAAAAUAAGGGAGUUAAUAUUAACGGAUCUCAUCAGGUUCCUGAGAAAUCUAGUACAGAUGGGACAGCUUCUGGUGCUGGCAAGAGUGGGAGCUUAUCCCUUGAUGCUUUAGCAAAAGCGAAGAGAGCUUUACAAAUGCGAAAGGAGUUGGCUGAGAAGCUUAAGAAGAUACCUGCAUUGAACAAGAACAAGGGUCCCAGCUUUACUGGAGAGGAACUUCCACAGGUGGGACCCAAGGAGAGGCUUCAACCUUCGGCUAAUGCAGGAAUUUUUCCCACUCCAGUUGCAUCUUCGGAUGCAGGGGUAUUGCCAACUCCUGGUUCAGCACCAGGCACAUCAAUUUUGGCUACUGCAGCUUCUACAAAUCAACCACCCAGUGGUUUGCCUCAUCUUGUGGGGCUGACAGCACAAAAAUAUGAAGCGGUAAAACGUGCACAGGAGCUUGCUGCUAAAAUGGGAUUCCGGCAGGACCCAGAGUUUGCUCCACUCAUAAACAUGUUUCCUGGGCAAAUGGCACCAGAGGCUACCCUUCAGUCAAAACCUGCAAAAGCCCCUGUUCUUCGAUUGGAUGCCCUAGGCAGGGAAAUCGAUGAACAGGGAAAUAUUGUCAAUAUGCCUAAGCCAUCUAGCACCCUUAAGGUGAACAUCAAUAAAAAGAAACAAGAAGCAUUUCAAAUUCUCAAACCUGAAUUUGAGGUUGAUCCUGAGAAAAAUCCUCAUUUUGAUCCAGCCAUGGGCAUUGACAAGAACAAAAUUUUGAGGCCCAAGAGGAUGACGUUUCAGUUUGUGGAGGAAGGCAAAUGGUCCAGAGAUGCAGAAAUAAUCAAGUUAAAGAGCCAAUUUGGUGAAGCAAGAGAAAGAGAGCUAAAGGCAAAGCAAGCACAGUUGACCAAGGCUAAAGCAGAGCCUGACAUAAAUCCGAAUCUCAUUGAGGUAUCGGAAAGGGUUAUCACCAAGGAAAAACAGAAGGAACCUAUUCCUGAAGUUGAGUGGUGGGAUGCUCCUUUGUUACGAACUGGUACUUAUGGGGAUGUAGUUGAUGGCAUCGUAACCAACGAACAGUUGAAGUUUGAAAAGAUCACCAUAUAUGUUGAACACCCUCGCCCUAUUGAGCCUCCCGCUGAACCAACUCCACCUCCUCCCCAACCAUUGAAACUAACCAAGAAGGAGCAAAAGAAACUUCGAACCCAGCGAAGACUGGCAAGGGAGAAAGAAAGACAAGAAAUGAUACGACAAGGCCUGGUAGAACCACCAAAGCCGAAAGUUAAAAUGAGCAAUCUAAUGAAAGUUCUUGGCUCAGAAGCUACACAGGAUCCUACAAAGCUUGAAAUGGAGAUUAGAAGUGCUGCUGCUGAGCGUGAGCAGGCUCAUGUAGACAGGAAUAUUGCUCGUAAGCUUACUCCUGAUGAGCGUCGUGAGAAAAAAGAGAGGAAACUUUUUGAUGACCCAAACAUCGCUCCGGAGACUAUUGUUUCUGUAUACAAAAUUAAUGACCUCUCCCACCCCCAAACUCGCUUCAAAGUUGAUGUUAAUGCUCAGGAGAACCACUUGACCGGGUGUGCAGUCAUCUCAGAAGGUAUUAGUGUUGUUGUUGUUGAAGGUGGGAAAAAAUCAAUCAAGCGAUAUGGGAAACUUAUGCUUCGGAGAAUCGAUUGGGCAGCUGCCAGCAAGAAAGAAGACGAUGAAGGUGAAGGUGAAGAUGAAGACGAUGAUAAGCCUCUCAACAAGUGUGUGUUGGUCUGGCAAGGGAGCGUUGCUAAGUCGAGCUUCAACAGGUUUUUUGUUCAUGACUGCAGAACUGAGGCUGCUGCUCGUAAAGUUUUCGCUGACGCUGGGGUUCCUCAUUACUGGGAUCUCGCUGAAAACUUCAAAGAUGACGAAUUUUAAUUUUAGCGUCGUCCUGUGUCUGCUAAACCUGAUUUUCUAGCCAUCAAUGCUGUUCUUUUGUAUUUGGAUUGCUCCUAUUGUGGAAUCUUGUAUGUUGUUGGAGGAGAAGAAAAGUGAAAACUUGGAGACAUUUGAAA